AUGGCAGUCUUUUCACUCCAGAAAGAACAAUCCGGUCCCGUGGAUUGGGAAAAGGAUUACGCCAAGCUCGAAGCAGUGUCCAAGGUGCCGUUCAGAGAUGUCAAGCACGAGAAUAAAAAUGCGGGCUUUCUCAACGUCCGUGAUGUCUAUCUGGAUGCAAAGCAGGCAUUGAACUCAGAUCUGGCCACCGUGGCCAUCUUCACGGAUGUGCUUGCCUUCAAAGAGGAGAAGACCGUCAUCAAGCUUCCAGCGUCGGGCUCGCUUUCCAUUUACAGUCGCCUUCUGACUACAUCUGGAAAAGCCCAUCUUGAGCUAGCCCCUCAGCCCAAUAAGGACGGUGCAGUACUCAUCUAUGCCUCUGAGAUUGAAGGCGAAAUCACCUACUCCCUCUCCGGAUCCGCCACAGUUUCCCAGGUCGAGUUGGGAGUGGGCAGCAGGCAUGUUGCAAUCACACUUGCCGUCGGAGCGGGUAAGGUUGAAGCCUUCUAUCAGGAUGCAUAUGAAGCGGUUGAAGACUAUCAUGAGUACUUCCAGCAGCUGCUGGAAACCCAGCUUCGCAUUGCAUCCGUCCUAUUCUGGUCCAAACCGGGCUUUUCCUUUUCCCUUGCCUCGCAUGUCGCCAAGGCAUCCGUUCAGAGCACGGAAGGGUCAGGAGGCCUGGUUAAUAUGCAGGCCGUAGCACUCGGACAGCAGUUGACGGCGCAGGCCAUGACCGGGCCGAAUAUGAACUUCUUCCCCGUCUUGCAAGUGGGUUCGUACCAAGAAACAUUGCAGAUGGCUAUAGAUGCAGCCGAUGCUUUUGAAAAGCAGUACCAGCGCUUCCAGGACAAGUCGCAGUCCGUCGACGACCGACGCCAGGCAGGCGAGCAGAUGCUGGCGCAUGCAAAAGGCAAGUCGGAGUUGAGCAACACGCUUGUCGAAACGGCUCUGGCCAAAUAUGAUGCUGCGGCCAAAGCAGUCAGGAGCACCCAGGCGACGUUUGAGCAAGACAGGUUCGUGUUGGAGAAUGCCUCGAGAGACCUGGAGCGGGGGAUUGAGAAGUGGAAGGAGUCGACCAGGUUACAGGCAGCUUUCAGCAUCAUCACCGCCAUCAUCUCUUUUGCCGCGGCUAUCGGUUCCAUUGCCAUGGGCGAUCCCUCAAAAGUAGGCGAUGUCGCAAAGGAUGUUGCGGCAUCAGAGAAAGCAAUUGAGGCUGUCGAAAAGGCUGAUGUCGUGAUUGAGGGUUUUAAGAAGAUUGUGCAAUCGGCUACCAUGAAGAAGAUCUCCACCGGUGCCAAAGCCUUGUUCGAUCUCUAUGGUCCGAUGGAUAAAUCGGUGCAAUCCAUCAAGAGUGCCCAAUGGAGUUUCGACCAGAAGCUCCCCACCACCGAUGAGGUAUCCGGGGCUAAUGGCGAUGCUGCUGCCAUCCAGUCUCUGGCCUCCUGGGAUAAAUGGAGGCUGGAAGCAGAUGACCAGCUGGCGUUCCCGAUUGCACAGGGCAUUGGAGGGGCUUCUGCAUACCAGCUAGCCCUUCGCAAACAUGCGAUCAACGGGAAGCAGCUCGCCCAGGCACAGGCAGAAGCCAUCAAGGCAGGCCAGGGCUAUGUCCGCGCCAGGCUCGAGCAGCAUCUCGCGGGCCAGGACCUCGCAGCCUUGAAGACGCUCGUGGAGAAUCUCACAGCCGAAGAACACACGUAUAACGUGGCCCAGGCCAAGUUCUUCGAUCGCUACAUGGCGCUGCGGACCACCAUUGCCAUUGACAUGCAGAAUCUGAUCUGGGCCGAGAGGUUCAUGACACUCUCCAACAGCAGCGUGGUCGUCGAUCCCUUGAAAGAGGUUGCAGACUAUAAGGAGGAUCUUUCUCGCAUUCAUCACGAGAUUGAGACUGCCAAAUCCAAGUACUCGAGCGAUUUUCAAGAAUUCACCUACAAGGUUCCACCCAAUACUCUUCCCUCGAAUUACCUUCCAGAUAUGGUCCAGUCACUCAGAAACGGCCAGCCGGCCACCUUCACACUCUUGCCCAACACAUCUCACGCCAAAGGACUAGGCGGUCCUUUCAAAGAAGGCUACCACUUCCGCAUCGACGGGAUGGAGGUGACAUUAAAAGGAGUAAAACCCAAGAAUCAGGAUGACCGCGUAGUCUCUGUCAUAAUAUCAACCUCCGGGACAUACGCCGACAUUCAAGAUGACCAGGUGUACAACUUCACUAGCCGCCCACUCGAACGUACCUUCCAGUAUCAGGUCGACGCACAGGGUAACAAGGGGGAUGUGGAGAUCCGGGCAAUCUACGAAUCAAAGGACUAUGCCAUGCCAACCCCAUUCACACAGUGGACUGUGCAGGUGAAGCAUCCAGAGUCUCUGGACCUGAGUGGCCUGGAAGAAGUUGUGAUUGAAUGGAAGGGCAAAGCGCGAUUCUUCUCCUGA